AUGGUUCUGGGACUGAGGGUGGUGAGAGGACCUGACUGGAACCUCGGGAACGAGGAUGGUGGUGACGGCCAUCUUGGAACUGUGGUAGAGGACCAUGGCGACAACACUGUCACGGUAGUUUGGGAUAUGGGGUCAAGGACGACAUGUCGCGCGGGAGAGGAUGAUAAAUGUGACCUCUGCAUCCUGGACAAUGCCCCAACAGGAGUACGUUUCGGCUCGGCCACCUGUUCCGAGUGUGAGGUAGAUGGGAUAUUUGGAAUGAAGUGGAACUGUAAGCAGUGUGAAGGGGUGUGUCUCUGUAGUGUGUGCUACAUAAAGGGUAGACAUGACGAGAGACACGUGGUAGAGGUACCGAAGCGUUUUACCUCCAAUAAGCAGCGAUCUCUUAGGAUGUUCCCAGGAGCAAAGGUCGUCCGAGGAACGGACUGGGAUUGGUCCGACCAAGAUGGUGGAGCAGGCAGCUCGGGAACUGUGACAGGUCUCCGAUCGUAUGAGGAGGGUAUUGGUGACCGAAACAGUGUUACAGUCACGUGGGAGAAGACACAGAAAACCGCGAAAUAUCGUGUGGGAUUCGAGGGCAAGGUCGACCUGAAAUGUAAAGUCGAUGGAGAAGCCCCAGGGUACGAUUACUACAAAGAACACCUUCCACUUCUUGACGCUGAUAUUUUUGAAGUGUACGAGGAUCUGUCCGCGAUUUUCCUUAAGGUUAAUGACAAGGUGUGUGUGGGUGUGUCCAAGGAAGACCUGGAGGUCGCUCAGAAGGAACAUGGCGGCUGGCACGUAAGGAUGGCCGAGGUUCACGAUGUCAACAUUGAUGACACCGUCAUGGUGUCAGAUGACCAGGAGUUUGUGGAGAUUGUACAAAAGGAUCAUGGUGACUGGGGAAUAUUCAUUUUCGUUCUCUUCACCCUUGGAAUAUGUCAUGACAAAAUCGAAGCCUCUGCUGGGAUUAGCGGUAUCCUUGGGUUGCUGAUGGCGCAAAUGCUAAUUGAUGCGGCAGGUGAAAGCACAGCCAGUCCUGAAGCUUUCUUACGUGCAGUUGUUAAAGGCAACAAUGAUCUUACUGAAAAGUUUUUACGGUCUCAUCCGCAACUGGCCAACCAGGUGAUCGAGGGGAAAACAGCUCUGAUCUUGGCUAGUCAUGGUGGACACGACCAAGUCGUGAGGACACUCCUUAAACACAAGGCAAAUACUGAACAGACAGGUGACUUCGGUCACACGCCUCUGCUUGCUGCUGUUGCCGGCAAACACGUCAGUACCACUGUUAUACUACUUGACGCUGGAGCGGAUGUCAACUUCGCCAAUCCUAAAGGGCGUACAGCGAUUCACGUAGCAUCCAAAGCUGGAGAGGACGCACUAGUCAAGCUUCUAAUUGACAGGAAGUGUGACGUCAACCCUCAGGAUAGCGUUGGAGAUACGCCAUUACACGACGCCAUAUUGGAAGAUCACGACAAUGUCAUCGGUUUGCUGGUGUGUCAAUCGGGACUCGAUUUCCAAAAGAAAAACGGGAAAGAAAUGAAUGUUCUACACUGGGCUGCUUACCACGAUAGUCCGUAUGCUGUUGACAAAAUUCUUGGUAAACGCAAGAAUAUGGCCGAUGUCAAAAAAGGGGAGAAUGGUUUUGCGGCGCUGCACAUAGCUGCUAUCAACAACCACACACAAGUAGCUUCUCACCUCCUUAUCAAGGGAUUGGCAACCGUCAAUAUUCGCUCCAAUAAUAAGCACACACCUCUCCAUCUGGCAGCAGAGAAGAAAUACUACAACAUGAUCAAACUUCUUCUGGACUACGGCGCCGAAGUCAACGUACAAGAUGUAAAGGGAAUGACACCACUUCACUUGGCUGUUGGAGAAGGCAUAUCACAGCAAACGCUUCUGCAAUUGUUUAUGUCGAGCUCGAAAGCCAGCCAUGUUGAAAAGAUCAAGAUCGGAUGUCUGUUGGUAAACUCUGACGCCAAAAUUGAUAUUCGGAACACCUCGGGAAAAACUCCUAUUGAUGUGUGCCAGGACCAAGACGUACGUAGAGCAAUCGUAAGGUGUGCGGAGCAGAGAAAGCUGAAACCCCCGAGAGGUCGUCCUUCGUCUGCCGCCAAAGAAAGCGCAGUUUUCACACAGAUGAAAAUAAACUGUAUUGAGUGCGGGGACAAUCCAGCGGAGAUUACGUACGAGCCGUGUAAGCACAGGCCUCACUGUAUUCAGUGUACUUUCGAUUUCGACGAAUGCCCAGUAUGUUACAGAGACAUCGGAAUGAGGAAAGACAAUGACGGUAAAGUCGUCAUUCCAGCUGUGAAUCUGUGUGCCUCACAGUAA